CUUCCCUCAGGCCCUGCCAUGGCGUGGGCGCUGGUUCUGGUGCUCUGCAACCGGGCGCUGGCCCCCGUGGGCGCGCUGGACGCCAUGGGCCCUCACGCAGCAGUCCGCCUGUCGGAGCUGCUGACCCCGGAGGAGUGCGGCCACUUCCGAUCGCUCCUUGAGGCGCCCGAGCCCGACGUGGACGCCGAGUUGGCCCGGCUAUCUGAGGACUGGCUGGCACGGCCCGAGCCGUCCACAUCCUCUCCCGGAGCGCAGGGUAUCGUGGGGCGACGGCGGCGGGCGGCAGCCACGCAGCCGUCGGAGGGACAGGAGGGCGUGCCAACCGGGGCCAGGGAGGUGUCCGACGGUUGCCGCGAGGCGCUGGCGUCCUGGCUGGCCGCCGAAGCCCCGGUCCUGUCGUGGGACCGCGUGGCCCGGGCGCUACGGCGCAGCGGCCGCCCCGAUGUGGCGCGGGAGCUGGCCAAGAACCUCCACCAGCAGGCGACGUUGCAGCUGCGCAGGUCAGGCGCGAACUACGUGCAGCCGCCCGUGGCCCCCGCCCCGGCCCCGGCCCCGGCCCCGGCCCCGCGCGCCCGCCGCUCCGGGGUCCCCGCGCCCUCCUGGGACGAUUUAGAGCUGAUCGUGGAGCGCCUGCCGCAGCCCCCGUACACGCGAAGCCCAGCAGCCUGGAUCGGGCCGCUGGUGCUCGGCCUCCUCGUCGGCUUCGUGGGAGCGCUGGGCACCGGGGCGCUGAUCACCGUGCUCACGCUGCGGAUCACAGGCGGCGACGGCGAUCCCGCCCCGCGCGCUUCCUCCGGGCCCAGGCCGUCCCCAGCGCCGUGCCGCUGGGAAGCAGAGCCGCUCCUGCCCCGAACCUGGGUGCCGCAGGGACCGUCCCCCCACGGCCCGCUGCCGUGA